AACAAGGAACUCUUGAUUACAAGCCGGAUCCUACAGCGGCUGCAACAGCAUUACAUGCUGCCUGUUUUAAUAAUAACUUGGAUAUUGUUAAAUAUUUGAUUAGCAAAGGAGCAAACUAUUUUAUAAGAAAUCAGCUCGGUGAAACACCCAUUCAGAAUAGUAUAGGUCAUCAAGCAAUACAUGACUUCUUUAAGGAUUAUCUCGUAUCUACAUACACUAACUUAUCAUAUGCUUCUUUACCAAAUGAAACUAUUCUAGAGUGUUAUGAUCGAAGACCAACCAACUGUAUUUGGGAAUAUAAACCAGUAAAAGAAUUUGAAUGGGAAGAAUUUACCAUUACCGAGCAUAGUACUUUAUGUGCUGCUUUAAUACCUGGUGCAAACAACCAAUCGUUUAAUACAACAACUUACUUAAGUGCUCGACAAAGUACAUACAGUGUACAACUAUUGACAUUUCUUCGUGGAAGUAAAAAUCAAGAACCAAAUCCAUCAAACAAAGAUGGUUUAGCAUGGAUUCGAUGUCGCGGAUCGAGUAUAGCUAAUUUUGAUAUUCAUUGUGUUUGGCAAUUGAUGUUUGUCAAAUAUAAUACAAAAAAACAAUCUCAGGCAGCAUCAUUGGAACCUCCAUCAGAUAAAACAAUAUUAGGUUUUAUUCGAUGGAUACCUAAACUUAUUGCAAAUACACCUAAUGAUCAAAAUAGCAUCAAGAUAUUGGAUAAUUUUAAGAUGAUCAAUAAUUUUAAUCCAAUACCUUUGACAACAAAACGAUUGGAACAAUAUAACGGAUCGAAAUCAACGAUGGUAGGAAGCAUGACUACAACUGAAGAUAAUGAAAAUGAAGAAAUCAAUCCGAUGACUGAUUUACGAAUAACUAUAAAGGGAGUGGAUGAUGAUGAUGAUGAUGACAAUAGUGCAUAUUCGACUUCUUCGAUUACUAAUCUUGAUACUUGGAGCAUUACUGACCUUCUGAGCACUGAUUUUCAAUCAACAUGUGAACACCAUAAGAAUCGAGGUUAG